AUGCAGUCGACGACACGGCCUAAGCCAGGCGACAUAACAACCCUGAGUCUCAUCAGGGAGGAUUGCCACUCGCGACUGGAGACGGGAGAGGGAUGUGAAGAGCCGCCCCAUCGUGCAGCGCAGGACAAGCAGCAGAACAGGGCGAUGAAUAGAAGGGGCAACACACGCCUUGUUCAAUGCAACGGACUGCGCCAGUACGGAUUCGUGGGUCUCGUGAUGAUCGCCAACACUUUUAAGAAGCUUCACGACUUGAAGCGUGACGAGAUGUCGGAAGCGACCGCGGAAAGUCGACCGAAGAGAAACGCGCCGCUGCACAGUCUGGACUGGGGGGCGAAUGCGCGCGAGCAGGGGGGCGGCGAAAGAGUUCCCGCAACGAUCGGGAAGCGCGAGAGGCAGAUGGAAAUCCUCGAGGCCUGGUGGGCGUGGCCGUUUUUUUUUGGUGGAGGUAUACGAAGGAUCGAUUGA